UUGAUGUGUGUUGAGCCGAAAUGGCGUCCGUGCUCCUUCAUUCAGGAGUGGGUUAGCAUAAAACCGGCCCGAUGAAAUCUCAUUCGACCUUUUCGGCUCUCAUUAAUGGGAUCAAUUACAUUUAUCAUUAAGAAGAGUCACUCUGAAGCCAGUGGAUUCGCGUUUAUAGGCGCUGUGAGGAGGUGAUGGCGGGUCGUGGAGUCGAGUGUUUGUGGAAACGAUGCGUUAUCGAGCAGCUAAAACAGAGAGACCGAGUUCAGCGUCAGGCCUUUGAAGAGAUUAUACACCAAUAUAACAGACUGUUGGAGAGGUCAGAUUUUCAGGCUGUUCUCUCUGAACGUCUGCACACAGAGAAAUAUGAGCAACAGAACAGACACGACCUGAGUCCGGGUGUUGACGGCGGUCGCAGUGACGCUCUGCAGCAGGAGAUGGCACAGAUGAGAAUUAAACAUCAAGAGGAACUCACAGAACUACACAAGAAACGAGGAGAGCUGGCACAAAGUGUAAUUGAACUAAACAACCAGAUUCAACAGAAAGACAAAGAAAUCCAGAGCAAUGAAGCCAAGAUGUUGGAGUACCAGCAGCAGAUCUCUCAUCUGGAGGGAGAGUAUCGUGAGCUCCGUAACUCUCUUGCUGAUCUGGAACGAGCCAAUCAGACAUUGCGAGACGAGUAUGAUGCCCUGCAGAUCACGUUCGGCGCACUUGAGGAGAAACUACGGAGAACCACAGAGGACAAUCAGGAGCUGGUGACUCGCUGGAUGACGGAAAAAGCCCAGGAGGCCAACAAACUCAACGCUGAGAACGAGAAAGACUCCAGACGCAGACAGGCGAAGCUUCAGAAGGAAUUAGCGGAUGCUGCGAAGGAACCGCUUCCAAUAGACCCAGAUGAUGACAUCGAGGUUCUCUCAGAGGAUGCUGGGAAGGGAACGGGUGAAACGUGUCCAAGCAGACCGCUCAGCCGUACACCCAGUAAGCGCUCGUCUCAGGCUCUUCCUCCUGGCGGCCUGCUGGAUUCCAUCUCUAAUAUGUUCGGCUUGUCUGAUUCUGUCCAACCUGGUUUCAUCCCGUCUGACUCCAGAAGACGCCGUUCUGUGAACUCGUUCAGGACAUCUCCUGAAACCGCGGAAGUGCCAUCGGCGUGUACUGACAUCCGGGUUCCCUCAACUGCCCUGCACAUCUUUGACGCCCAUGAUGGAGAAGUGAACGCUGUGAGGUUUGGUCCUGGAUCUCGUCUGCUCGCCACAGGAGGAAUGGACCGCAGAGUCAAACUCUGGGAGGUCAUAUCAGGGCGGUGUGAACCCAAAGGAGCACUGACCGGCAGUAAUGCUGGAAUCACCAGUAUAGAGUUUGACAGUGCGGGGUCAUAUCUGUUGGCUGCCUCUAACGAUUUUGCAAGCAGAAUUUGGACUGUUGACGACUACAGACUACGGCACACGCUCACAGGCCAUAGUGGGAAGGUUUUGGCUGCUCGGUUUCUCCUCGACAAUGCUCGAAUUGUCUCCGGCAGCUACGACAGAACGCUAAAGCUCUGGGACUUGCGCAGCAAAGUCUGCAUGAAGACGGUGUUUGCUGGAUCCAGCUGUAAUGAUAUCGUCUGCACAGAGCAGUGUGUGAUGAGCGGACACUUUGAUAAGAAAAUCCGUUUCUGGGACAUCAGAGCGGAGAGUAUCGUAUGCGAGUUAGAGUUGCUGGGACGCGUAACAUCUUUGGACCUCAAUCAUGACCGGACAGAUCUUCUGGCCUGUUCACGUGAUGACCACGUGAAAAUAAUCGAUCUGCGCAGUAAUGCAGUGCGACAAACAUUUAGUGCUCUAGGUUUUAAGUGUGGUUCUGACUUUACCAGGGUAACCUUUAGUCCUGAUGGCAGUUAUGUGGCAGCCGGAUCUGCAGACGGUGCUCUGUACAUUUGGAACGUUCUAACAGGCAAACUAGAGAAAACUCUUGAUAAGGGUCACAGUUCUGCCAUAAACUCAGUGUCCUGGUCUCCAUCGGGUGCGUAUGUGGCCAGCGUUGAGAAAGGCAGCAAGGCCGUGUUGUGGUCAGAUAUGUGAUUGGCCGCUCUCUUCCUUGCCUCUGCAGUGAUUGGCUGAGCAUUGCACUGUUGUGAUUGCACAAAACGGACUGUAUAAAAACAGAAAGUGAGCACCACCCCUCACAUACCUCCGGUCGCUUGAACUACCCAUAAUGCCAUAUGGUUGGAGAUCUGUGUGGAUGCAUGCUGCCUUCCUCUGAUUGGACCGAGCUGUAUUCAUAUUAUAUACAUAAAUAUUGACAUCAACUUUCAUGCACUGUUGGAUGUCUCGCACAAACUCGAUGUGAGACGAUGAAGAUGCGGAAAUUAUUCUAGUUGUUCUUUAACUCUUAGGACUUAUUUUACCACUGCUAUAUAAUGAGUGUGUUUGCGUUUGGAAUGUACUGCUGGAAAAGUUCUGCAAUAAUUUACUAACUCCAAACCUACUAAAGUUCCAAACCUGUUUGACUUUUUUACUUCCAUGGAAAACAUGUUGAAGUGAUGGUAGGAAGUAUGUUAGCCUUGGUCAGCGUUUACUUUCACUGCAUAAUUUUACAUAGACAAUAGAAGUAAGUCAGACUUGUUUGUAUUGUUUGAAUAAUAUAAAAAUGGAUAUUUUAUAUUCAUUUAUUUUUA